AGGUUUCCACGUUAAUCACACCUAAUGUUCAUGGGCUGCAUGGGCUCUUCAAUGCUAUUGGGCUCUCGUGUCCUGUACUACUACUACUACAAUACAUACGUGACUUAUACGAUUAACAGUCGUGCCUCGCCGCCGCGGCGAAGAAGCUCCGAUCAUCAUCCGAAUCGUCUGCACAAUCGACGAUGAUUGACGCUCGGGUCCUAGAUCGCGAUUUCCCCGACGACGACGUCAACGAUUCCGAUUCCUCCUCCGACAUAAUCAACACCGAGAUAGAACCCUUUCCCCGCUCGCUCAACAGCAUCCCCGCCGCUUCCUCUGCCUUCGCCUUCGACAUUUUGAGGAAGGAGGGUAAUAUCCCGACCACCCACCAGCUCUUCCCGGAGAGGGAGGGGCCGGAGCUCAACCCGCCGGCGACGACGCCGGGUCAGUGAGGGAAGCACAAAAUCCGUCGAGGAAGGUGGAGUAGGAGUAGAUUAGCUUGGAGGCAGGGGAUUCUGACUGCGAAAUCGACGACAGAGAGGCUAGGUGCCAGUGGUGUGGAGAUUGGAAGGCUUUUGGCAUGACAUUGGAGUCCAUUAGAACAAUAUGCUGCUGCUCGGUUUGGACUAAAGUGAGAAGAAAGGUGGCGAAAAAGGUAAGUUUUAUUUUUAUUUUUUAAUAGUUGUAAAAUGAGGUGGAAAUUGUAAAUAUUUAAAAAAAAAUUAUUUUUUUAUUGGCCACGUCACUCAUUUAACGAUCAACUAUAAUAGUUGAUUGCCACAUCAGCAAAAACUAAUGGAGACUAACGAAGAGUGACCAAACUUGAACUAUUGAACUAAUCUUAGUGACCAUGAAUAGAAUUAAAUAUUUGCA